UGAAUGUGAAUGAGUGGAUUCCUUGUGAAAGGAGUGAUAGCGUUCAACUCUCUCAGACGUUACCCUUUCCGCUUGGCGCCGUCACACCUCUCUCGCCGUCUCUCCCUCUCCGUUAACCACUUGACCUCCGAGAUGCCCGGCGUCGAACCCCAGCAGCGAAUUGAGUGGCCCGCCCGGCGCGUGCGCGACACCUUCUUCAGCUACUUCACGGAUGACAAGAAACACGACUUCUGGAAGUCCAGCCCCGUCGUCCCUCACAACGAUCCCACUCUUCUCUUCGCUAAUGCUGGCAUGAACCAGUUCAAGCCUAUUUUUCUGGGGACGGCGGACCCCAACACCGGGCUAAGCAAGCUGACUAGAGCUUGCAACACGCAGAAAUGUAUUAGGGCAGGUGGGAAGCAUAAUGAUCUCGAAGAUGUAGGGAAAGACACCUACCAUCAUACCUUUUUCGAGAUGCUUGGGAACUGGUCCUUCGGGGACUAUUUUAAGGCUGAAGCCAUUGAAUGGGCCUGGAAGCUUCUCACUCAAGUUUAUAAGCUGCCAGAAGAUCGAUUUUAUGCCACUUAUUUUGGUGGUGAUGAGAAGCUGGGUCUUGCUCCUGAUACUGAAGCUAGAGAUAUAUGGCUCAAGUUUCUUCCGCCUGGACGUGUGCUGCCUUUUGGCUGCAAGGAUAACUUUUGGGAAAUGGGUGAUACUGGCCCUUGCGGCCCUUGCAGUGAGAUUCAUUAUGAUAGACUUGGUAAUCGGGACGCUGCAUCAUUAGUCAACUAUGAUGACCCUACCUGCCUCGAGAUCUGGAACAUUGUCUUUAUUCAGUUCAAUAGGGAAAGUGAUGGCUCACUCAAACCAUUGCCUGCUAAGCAUGUUGACACUGGGAUGGGAUUCGAAAGAUUGACUUCUGUACUUCAGAACAAGAUGAGCAAUUAUGACACUGACGUGUUCAUGCCAAUAUUUGAUGCUAUUCAGCAGGCUACGGGGGCUCGCCCAUAUUCUGGGAAAGUUGGAGCGGACGAUGUAGACAAAGUUGACAUGGCAUACAGGGUUGUUGCAGAUCAUAUAAGAACUCUUUCAUUUGCCAUUGCUGAUGGGUCCCGUCCAGGCAAUGAUGGUCGUGAAUAUGUUCUGAGACGUAUUCUUCGUCGAGCUGUUCGAUAUGGAAGAGAAGUUCUAAAAGCACAAGAAGGAUUUUUCAACGGGCUUGUACCAGUGUUGGCAACACUGAUGGGUGAUGUAUUUCCUGAGCUAAAACAACAUGAAGCUGCCAUUAGGGAGAUAAUCAAAGAGGAGGAGGAAGCAUUUGGCAAGACUCUACUGAAGGGAAUAGAGAAGUUCAAAAAGGCUGCUCAAGAUGUUCAAGGCAAAAAGUUUAGUGGGCAGGAAGCUUUUGUCUUGUGGGACACAUUUGGGUUCCCUUUAGAUUUGACUCAGUUGAUGGCAGAGGAAAACGGUUUAGAAGUUGAUGUUGAGGGUUUUAAUGUCGCCAUGGACGAGGCUCGAGAAAGAUCAAGGAAUGCUCAAAAUAAGGAAGAAGGUGGUGCCAUUGUUAUGAAUGCUGAUGCUACUGCUUCAUUGCACAAGAUUGGAGUUGCUGCAACAGAUGACAGCUUUAAAUAUAUUUGGUUUCAGGACCAUGAAAGCGUGAUUAAGGCAAUUUACACUGGUUCAGAGUUCAUGGAUAAUGUUGCAGCUGGCAGUUUAGUUGGUGUUGUUUUGGAGUCUACAAGUUUCUAUGCUGAGCAAGGUGGACAGAUUUUUGAUACUGGAUCACUAAAAGGAGACUCUGGCUCAUUUGAGGUCCGCAACGUUCAAAUUUAUGGUGGUUUUGUUGUCCACAUUGGUUCCUUUUCUGGAGAGCAUGGAAAACUCUCAGUCGGUGACAAAGUGGUUUGUAAGGUUGACUAUAAAAGGCGUACACUCAUUGCGCCUAACCAUACCUGCACACACAUGUUGAACUUUGCUCUGAGGGAAGUUCUUGGCACUCAUGUUGACCAGAAGGGUUCCAUUGUUCUUCCUGAAAAGUUGAGAUUUGAUUUUUCUCAUGGUAAGCCAGUGGAUCCUGAACAGUUGAGAAGAAUUGAAUCAAUUGUGAAUGAACAAAUAAAAGCGGAAUUGGAUGUGUCUGUUAAGGAGGUACCAUUGGUUGAAGCUGAACACAUCAACGGUUUAAGGGCUGUAUUUGGCGAGGUCUAUCCCGACCCAGUAAGAGUUGUGGCUGUUGGGGGAAAAGUUGAGGAUCUUCUGGCUGACCCUGAAAACAACAAAUGGAAGUCAAUAUCAACAGAAUUUUGUGGAGGGACCCAUUUAACCAACACACGUGAAGCUGAGGCCUUUGCUCUUUUAUCUGAAGAGGGAACUGCCAAGGGAAUCCGAAGGAUAACUGCCGUCACAACUAAUGCUGCUUUUGAUGCAAUUAAAUUGGCAGAUUCACUUGAGCAGGAAGUAAUAGAAGCUUCCAAGCUUGAAGAGAGCUUGCUCGAGAAGAAGAUAGCUUCCUUUAAAUCUCGCCUAGACGCAGCACAAAUUCCAGCGGCUAAGAAAUCUGAUAUCAGAAAUAAGAUUGUGCAGCUUCAGAACAAAGUUAGAAAGGCACAGAAGAAGAUUGCAGAGCAAAAUUUAAAGAAAGCUGUCAAAGUUGCAAGGGAGAUGGCGGAAGUUGCUGCAUCAGAUGGGAAGACUUUCUGUGUAUCCCAUGUUGAUGUUGGCUUAGAUACGGCUGCAGUUCGUGAAGCAGUUUGUAAAAUUGUAGAGAAGGGAAUACCUGCGAUGGUUUUUAGCACAGAUGAAACUACAAAUAAGGCUGUGGUAUGUGCUGGAGUACCAGGAGACAAAGGCAAUCAAUUGGAUGUGGCAGAAUGGUUGAAUGAAGCUAUGGAUCCUCUGAAAGGAAAGGGUGGUAAAGGAAAGGGUGGCCUUGCUACUGGCCAGGGAACAGAUGCAUCUCAUCUAAACGAGGCUAUAGGCCUGGCAACCACUUUCGCGCAGAUGAAAUUGAGUUGAAGGACACCACUCCUGCCAAGGAAAUGCUUUAAUGAUAGAAACAAACUUAUUGACCUACUCUGGUCUAUUUUAUAGGGAAUUAAGUUGCACCGAUUGAAUUUCAAACACUUACCAAAGGAUUAAUGUAUUCUGUUACAUGAAGAAGGGUUUUGUUACCUCUACCGGAAAAUGAAAAAGAUUUCAUUGAAAUUGCCUGAUAAACCAUGUUGUCUAGUC